AUGCAAUUCCCCACCUUUGCCAUCCUCGCCACCAUCAUGAUCGCCGGCGCCGGCGCCUCCCCUACCGCCAAGAAUAACCCCACCGCCAAGAGCAAGACCACCACCUACGUGACUGAUGGUUACUCGUCGGUCUGCAUGAACGGCACAACAGACGCGAAAGGCAAGAAAGGCGCGAAAGGCACGAAAACCGCCAACCUCUUCUGCUCUGGCAACCACAACGUCUGCCCAAAGGGCAAGAAGGAUACGUUCGACGACACUGCCACCAAGAAAAACGAGGCAGCCUGCAAAGGCGAAGUGUUUUUACAACAAUGUACGCAGACGAUUGCUUGCGUCUAA